UGUAAAUUAGAGUCUUCAGUUGAGGAAACUCCAUAUUGGCAAUAUAUUUCGCAUAUCGCAUCCGAUUUCGAGCGGCACCAUGUCAAAACAGCCGACAGUUAUAUUGCUGCUGCUAAUCGCUGCGGUUGCGCAGGAGACCGCAAAAUGUGUAACGGCCGUGCAAGAUUUGCCCGACAACUUCCCCAAAUGCAAACGCGAUGCAAACUUUGACAAGUGUCUGGUGGAUGCUGUCAAUCAGGCCAUACAAUUGCUCAAAAGUGGCAAUAAAGAACUCGGCAUUCCGCCACUAGAGCCGCUGACCGUGAAGAAACUAGUUAUAGACGCCGGCAAUGCGCCUAUAAAUCUUCGUCAAGCCUUGAAAAAUGUGAAGGUGCAUGAUAUGAUCUCGACUAGCAAGAUCCAACGCUAUAGAACCGAUUUGGAUAAGCAUUUAAUUAUCUGUGAUAGUAAAACUGACCGCAUUGAAAUGAUAGGCGAUUAUGAAAUGUCUGGUCGCAUUUUACUGCUGCCUAUUACAGGCCAUGGCAAAGCCAAUAUUACACUUGUCAAUACCAAAAUCGAGCACCGUCUGAUUGGAGAACCCUUUGAAAAGGAUGGUGUUAAGUAUAUGCGACUGAAGGAGUACCGCGUUGUCAUGGAUCCUAAGCGCGUUUAUUUACAUUUUGAAAACCUCUUUAAUGAUAAAACUCUGUCUGAGGGAAUGAAUCGCUUCCUGAAUGAAAACUGGGAGACGGUCUUCAACGAAUUGAAGGUUGGCUACUCCAAGAGCUUUGGUCUGGUAUUCCGAGAGCUCUCGAAUAAAAUAUUUGAGAAAGUACCCUUUGAUAAUAUAUUUUUAAGUUAGUUUGGAUAAGUGGUUGGCAAGUAUGUCUCUAACUUAAGUAUUCUAUAAAUUAAUUAAUAAAUUCUAGUAAACGGUUUUAUG